UCAGACAGACGCGGUGUUUACCUUUCCCGCUUGCUGUUUUCCUACAAAUAUUGUGAUAUCAAACAUAUCUUGUGCCGGGACUGGCCGAGUCGUUUACUCUCAGUAGCUGGACAUAGACGACUACGCUGGUUGUGGCAGGACGCCGGGUUGUAUUGCAACCGCCGGACAUUUACCCAACUGAAGGCCGCGAACAGUUUGCCCUCCGUCACGGACACUAUAGCUCAUCAAAGCAACUUUGUUUUGGGACGCCGUGCUGUGAUGGAUGCUUGACGUGAAGGAGACGAUCCCUGUGUCAUCACAGACCGCCAUCAUGCAGAGGGUCGGUGUCAUCACCUUGCUGACAUUCCUGUGUGGACACUGUCUUGGACAAACACCAGACCUGAGCUUAAGAAUACCGGAAGAAAUCAACCUUGAUACUUACGUAGGGAACGUGUCAGAUAGUAGUGCUAUGUUCAAGAACCUUUCACAGGCGGAGAAAGAAACUUUAAAGUUUGGGAUUUUAAACAAAGACAGUCAUCCCAGUAAACUGUUUCGCAUCGACCCUGAUUCUGGAAAAAUAUACAGUCAAGGUCGUAUCGACCGUGAAACUCUAUGCGACUUCACCGACGCUUGUCGCGUUGAGUUUGAUGUCGCUGUUCACUCUCCCGUUUUCUCCAAUAUCGCCACCGUCUUCGUCUACGUGGAGGACAUCAACGACAACGCUCCAACGUUCCCCGCAACAGAGGUGACACUAGACGUUUCAGAAUUAGCUAGCGUCGGUACAGUGUUAAAAAUAAGCGGUGCCGUAGACAGAGACUCGCAAUUUAAUAACACCAUUCAGAGAUAUGAGUUGUCGCAACAAGAAAACAUGUUUUCACUGACCACGACAAAGAACCUCGAUGGGAGCUCGGUGAUAAAUCUUCUCCUGGGAAAGUCGCUUGACCGCGAGCUUAAAGAUCAGUACUUUUUCAACAUCGUUGCAUCUGACGGUGGUUCGCCCCCGAAAACAGGGACUCUCGCGGUAAGAAUCAACGUUAUCGACGAAAACGACAACCCUCCACGAUUUCAAAACUCGUCUUACGACGUCAUGGUGAAGGAAGACGUCGCCAUCAACGCAACGGUCAUGGUAGUGUCAGCGACUGAUCCGGAUUUGGGUACCAAUAGCGAAGUGAGAUACCAGUUCAGCAAUCUGCAGUCAGCCAAGUUGCAGUCUCUGUUCUCUAUAGACUCAACGACGGGAGUAAUUAGAGUUGCCGGUAAACUUGAGUAUGAACCAGACACACCGUAUCACUUGAUCGUGGAGGCUCUGGACAGAGGAGACCGUUCCUUGAUGACACAGACUGUUGUCACUGUGACAGUGCUGGACUCGGGGAACAACCCUCCCUAUGUGAGGAUCAACACCCUAACGACGGGAAACACUGUUUCGGAGGCUGCAGGGGUGGGUUUCUUUGUGGCAUAUGUAGAGGUAGAGGACUCAGACACUGGUGAGAACGGGGACGUCGUUUGUAACAUUUCCAGCGCUGCAUUUUCUCUUGAGCCUCUGUCUGGCAGGAAGGGAUACAAAGUACUAGUCAACACUAUUCUAGAUCGUGAAUCCAGGUAUUCGUACAACAUGAGUGUCAUGUGCCAGGAUAGAGGGAACCCUCCACUGUUCGGGUCUGCCGUGUUCCAGAUGUAUGUUACAGACGUCAAUGACAACACUCCACAGUUCCAGCGAAGACAGUACAACGUGUCUAUCCCGGAAAACAGUCCGAUUGGAUAUUCCGUAUUGACUGUGUCGGCCUAUGACGCUGACCGUGGGGACAAUUCCCGUCUGAGAUAUUUCGUCGUAGAAGAUACACAAAAACCAUCAUUCAGAAUCCAAUAUGAUUCCGGCAUCAUUACAACUAACAGGAGAUUUGACAGAGAGGUGACACCUGUGAUAAAGUUCCAUGUCCUCGCCAUUGAUCAGGGUAUGGUAGCCAGGACAGGCACGACCGAAGUGACGCUGCACAUCAGCGACAUCAACGACGAAUUCCCCGCCUUUACUCACCAGUUGUUUCAGUUCCGCGUGGUAGAGAACAUGGACGCUAACGUUAUCGUAGGAAAUAUCACCGCUACUGACCUCGAUGCCGGCCUUAAUGGUGAAAUUGAGUACUUCAUAGCAGAGUCUCCAGAUGGUAUGAUACCUUUUAAAGUAUUUUCUAAUGGAACUGUGAUUGCUGAAGAGUCCUUGGAUAGAGAAUUAAAGAGCAGAUACAUCUUCACAGUGUUAGCACGAGACAAAGUCUCCCCCAAGACGAACUCUUCAGAAGUGUCCAUUACAGUGCUUGAUGUGAAUGACAACGUCCCAACAAUUCUUUUCCCUACGACUGUCAAUCACACGGUCUUCAUUUCAAGGCCCCCAGAAAGAGACUCCGUAAUUGGCAAGAUUGUUGCAUACGACUCCGACUUUGGCGAAAACUCCACUCUACAUUUUGUGAUAUCAAACGGCAACGACGAUGGUGCUUUCUCCAUAGACAGGGACACUGGUGAGACUAAGGUUGCAAACAUUUGGAAGCUGCAGAACGACAUGGUAUACGAUCUGACAAUAACUGUGCACGAUUCAGGAACUCCUCAACUGAAGGCUGAAACUCACCUGAUUAUUGACGUGCAGUUUGACAACGACACCAAUACACUCACACCAGUGCACACUAAAAGUGACAAGUAUGUCAUCAUCGCUGCUGUUGUUGCCGCGGCAACAAUUAUCCUGUCUAUCAUCAUCAUUGCUGCCAUCUGCUUUGUGCUCAGGACUGACAGACGGAAAUCACCAUCAUUAUCAACGAACGCUUCCAAAUUCAACGGCCAUGUUGCGUCUGUAAAAAUCCCCGCGACAGAUCAAACUGAGGUUGCGCAGCUAUCGACAGGGGACACGGUCGACAGUGGGCAGAUACCCCCGUUCGGUGGAGUCCAUAACGUUCAACAGAAACAAGUCAAGCAUGCAGACCAGUCCUUCAAGAAGAAGGAAGUUAGCUUCAGCAUUGAUGACAGCCUUGUCUCCAAACCCAGAGACAUCAUCUUCAACAACGCCAGAUUGACAUUCAUGGACGAAGCGGAAAAAAUACUCCCACUGGAUGACGUUCACAGCGACACCUCCGGCGAAACAAUUCCCAGCGACAGCGGCAGAGGCGGCAGCGAGGAGGAAGUGAACAUCCAGCCAGAUAAGAAAAUGAAUCUCCGACGGUGGGGCGCACCUCAUCAGGAAAGUCAUUCGUUCGACCAGUACUGCCCCUUGGCGACGAAACAGGGCCCCGACUUCCAGAAUCCCAGACACAAUCAAGUCAGGUUUUUACACACGAACAGUUUUCAGGAAGGACGUGAUUUCUCCCGAAACCAGGGUCCCAGAGACACGUCACGUGACUAUUCAUUGCGUCAAGGCCACAAUACUUUCCAGGACAGACCCAACAACUAUUCAAGGCCAUUAUCAUACCACAGACAGUCUUCCAAUGUGUCUCAUGAUGACGACGGCAGUACCACUACGUCCGGAAGUUACACACUAAACCAGGACGAUUCACUCGAGGAGAGAAUUCUCGGGAAGGAUAUAAUAGUGUAAUAUAUUAAGAUAGUAUUCCCACACUGCCAAAUAUUGCCAUAAUGUCAUCUUGUAUUUGUGAAAGCACGUAUGUGUGCUGAUGUUGUGAGCUGAAACAUCACACAUGCAUGCAUGCCAAAUAAAUGAUAAAUGUGAACAAAGUGUCCUACAUGUGAAUCAAACAAUUUCAAAUGGUGCCAAUUAAUGUAUUGAUUAUUUCCCCUUGACAAUGAAAGGUGCUCAGAAACGACAAACCAACGACAGAUCUGUAUACAUGUGUAGUGUAUUAAUAUACUAUGGACCUGAGUACUGUGUUAUAAAGAUAUGUGGACGUGUGACUUCUGUGGGUGUGGGAUGUUUCAGUAACUGCUACAGACCUACACGGUUACAUCAACUGUCUCGUUUAACCCAUAUCCAGUACAAGAGUCCGUAUGACCCGCAUGUUUAAUCCAGCCGAGAGUGGACUUAUUGACUAUAAAUGUAUGUUGUUGAUGAAUUUUGUUUAUAUUUGUGUAACGCCAGUUCUUUGAGGAGAUUGUUGAGAAUAUAACUUCAGUGGCGUUAAUUAUUUUCUGGUAUAUGAACCAAACCCGAAAGAUUAUGCUGUCGUCGCGCUACCUUAUAUUCUCACCAGUAUCACUAGCGACUGGAUUCUGGAGAGAGCAACACACUACUUACUGGCCACGUGCCCUAUGUGCAUGUCAUGUGUUUGUAUACAAUGUAUAUAAUAUUAAAGACUCAAAGAAAUAAAGUCUUUAUGAG